ACUGCAGCCGCGGCAGAUCUACGAGGAGAAUCUGAGGAGGUGAAAGGAGAGGAGACCGGGCUGAGGAAACCUGAAGAUGAUGUUGCUAUGGGAACAGACACAGGCCCAGCUGCCAAACUAUGUAAAACAGAGUCUCAGACACACAUGUCACCAAGUAACACAGGAAGUCAUGCGUCUCGCCACCCUUGGAGCAUCACUAUGAAAGACAGACAGAACUCGAGAGGGAUGGACCGAACGACCAGCUUCGACAGUGAGACAUCAUUUGAUUGCAGGAUACCUGCUCCACAGGUAGCUAGAAAGUCGGUUUUGGAUCAGCUGAACCACAUCCUGUUCUCUGAUGAUCAGAUACCUGACUCCAUUGUCCUGAUCAACACCACAGACUGGCAGGGACAGUAUCUCUCUGAGGUUCUCUUCGAUCAGCCAAUCGUCUGCACCGUUUCAACGGCUGAUGUUCAGGCCGCCUUCAGCGCCAUCGUCGGACGCAUCCAGAGAUUCUGUAACUGCAACUCACAGACUCCGCCCACCAUGAAGGUGGCAGUGGGAGGAGAUCAGAGCUACCUGACCACGGUGCUCUGCUGCUUCGUAGAGCAGCUGGCCAGCAAGACGUCUGAUUGGUUGAGCUACAUCCGCUUUCUCAUCAUCCCUAUUGGAGUCCACCCGCUGGCCAAGUACCUGUCCUCCCUGGAUGGGAAGUUCAGCGGUUUGUUCGUGGACGCCAGCUGGAGGGAGCUGUUUGGACGCCCGGAGCCACCUCCUUUCGAUCCUGUGGGCAUAGCCGGUCGGGUUUCUCAGUAUUUGGCCGGAGCUGCUGUUUCUCACCUGUGUCCGAUCUCAGAGGCCAUGCUGACCUGCAAACACAAGAGCCCCGACGAUGACUCCUGCCAGAAGUUUCUUCCUUUUAUCGGGCUGGUGAAGGUCGGCAUCGUGGAGCAGAACUUCAUGUCCACCUCAGUGGACUCUGAUGACAUCAUACUUGGAUCUCCUCCCUCCCAAUCAGGAGCACCGAUCAACAUCACCUCGACACCUCCUCCCUCCCCCUCCACCAGCUGUCCCACAGAGGUGAUGGGACUGCAGGUGGACUACUGGAGCAGCCAGGGUGGAGGAGGAGGAGGAGAGCGGAAGAAGGAAAUCGGGAUGAAGAACACGCUGAAGAGCAACUUCCGCUGUCUGCAGGUGUCGAGGCUCAGCGGAGGAGAGCUGAUGAGCAUGACGGUGGUGACGAAGGAGAAGAACAAGAAAGUCAUAUUUCUCAGUAAGAAGGCAAAGGAGAAGGAGACGGAGUCAAGGAGUCAGCUGAUUGAAGGAAUCAGCAGGUUGAUCUGUACCUCCAAACACCAACACACACUCAGAGUGUCCGUCGAUGGCGUGGAGUGGAAUGACGUAAAGUUUUUCCAGCUGGCGGCUCAGUGGCCGACACAUGUCAAACACUUUCCUGUUGGAAUCUUUGGAUACAGCAAACCCUGACGUUCUUCGCUCUCGUCGUCGCCUGGGUCAUAUGAGCUCCCUGUGGAUGUGUCGUGUUGAGCUCCUGGUGACGAUGGGCAGUAAACCUUGUAACUCCUCCUCGUCCUCUCAGUGUCAGCAGAGCAGCAGAAACCUUGUUUGCCUUUUUCUCUCACAUCAUGUUGGAGUAGAAAUAUUUGUACCUCAUCAGAAAGUUUUUUAUGUGAUGGAUGUGUCUGACAUGGAGUAAGU